AUGCUCAGCCGCCUCAUCCCGUUUGCACUGAUCGCGCUGGGCGAUGCCUACAAGCGCGAGGCGACGGUUGUCACUGGCCAGGAGUUUGCUGGGAUGAACUUCAAGGACAAGGCGGAGUCCUUGCGGCAGGCCAGUCCUCGCUAUGGCAAGCUCGAGCUGAUGGGAGAGUGUUGCAGUGCUCCAGGUGACGCGGCGCAGGUGGAGAACGACGUCAACACAAACUCGGUCUACGGCACGAAGGCUGAGAUCUCUGAGGAGCUCUUCAAGUACUCCUCCUGCCGCAAGAUGGGAGAACAUGAGCGAUCAAGCCAAGCCAAUCCUGAAUGUUCCUAUUUCUUGGUCUUUCAGAACAGCGCUCAUGCUGACCACAGCUAUGCCGCGAAUUGCGUGCCUGCCCAAAUGUGCGCGGAUGACGUCGUGGGCAUGACGAAGGGCAAAAUCGCGACGUACGGCGUCGUUGAGCGCAUUUUGCAGCAGAAUCUGGGGAGUUUGGCGUACAUCGGCAAAGGCCCCCUUGGCAAGUGCCUGGAAGGCAUGACGGCCGUCAACGAAGGCAACCUGAAGGGCCACCUCAAGGAGGAGCGCAUCGUCAAACUCGGCAGCCUCAAUGUCAUCGCAGACGUUAUGACAGAAGGAAAGGCAGGUGCCACGAAGCAGGCUCUCACCUUCGAUGGCAUGGAGAAAAUCCCAGCCGUGAAGUCCUUCAACAAAUGCGUUAACGACGCCAGUGUGGGCUACCUCUUCGUGUUCAAGAACGACUACUGGAGCGGUGGCAAGAGCGACGUGGAUCUGGAGUCAUUCCAGAAAUACAAGGACAAGCAGACGAAGGUCAAGGUCGCGAAGAAGAAGGAGGCCGACAAGCAGAAGGCCGAACAGGCAGCGGCGGCGGCGGAAGAGCCGAAGCCGGAGGAGGUUUCCCAGCGCCGUCUCUCGGAGCAGGAUGCAGUGCUCGUCUGA